AUGCCGCACCAGCGGUUAGGCGCCACCCAGGCGACCUCGACGGGACUGCCCACCUCGCCACGGCCAUGCUGGGAGCCGCACCAGGCCCAGAAUCGGUCGAGCCCGAGGUGGCCCAAAACUGUGGUCGCCGACGGUCAGGCAGCAGCACGCGACACCCUCGCCACGCCACGACCGCCGCCCGCACGGCCCCCCAUGGCGGGAGUUGCGCCAACACGAGGAGGAGCCGGCGAGCCUCCCCACCACAAGGACGGGCCCCACCCCGUCGGGCCCUCCAAGCGUGCGGGGGAAGGGGAGACCGCCACCGCUAGCACCACCCGAGAUUUUCCCGGCAGCUCUGGCCGGCGACGAGGAAGAGGACGGGGCGGGGCUGAGACGGGGGAGGAGGCGACUCUCCGGUCGCCCGAGGGGAGGGGGGCGACGGGAGCGGAAGGGGAGUCCAAAACUCCGUGGAUAUUUUCACUUCCUUCAUUGUCCUUUGAGGUGUCGACUUCAGAGGGUGGCAUCAACAAGGGCAUCAUCAGUUUCUGUCCUGGAACGGCCCGCAAUGAACUCGUUAUGGUGUCGGUCACCAUAGAUCCAUUGCCGCCACCUGAAGAUUGGAAGACCCGUGUGUCACCUAUAUAUAUUCCAUAUCCAUUUCUUACAGCACACCACUCAUCCAGCCAUUUCGAUCUCUUGCUCGAUCUUUCAAUUCCGAUCAUCUUCUUCUCGAUCAUUGUCAGUGUGUCUAAUCGAUUGAUCAUGGCCGCUACCAGAGCUCUCCUUCUUGUCGUGGUGUCCACGGCGACGCUGCUCGGUACGGCGCUCGGCGCCAGCUACACCGUCGGGGCGCCAGGAGGGUCGUGGGACCUCAAAACCAACUACACCCGGUGGGCUUCCGGCGUCAAGCUUUACGCCGGCGACCAGCUCCGCUUCCAGUACACCGUGGCGGAGCACAACGUGGUGGAGGUCACCAAGUCUGGCUACGACGCCUGCAACGGCUCCAACAACACUGUGGCGACGUACCUGACCGGCAACGACACAAUCCCACUCGCCGCUGCGGGCAGCCGGUACUUCAUCUGCAGUGUCCCCGGGCACUGCGCCGCCGGCAUGAAGCUACAAGUGAACGUGAGCUCGCAGCAGACGCCGCCGCCACCACCGCCGCCGCCGCAGCAGCAAUGCCGAAUGCGAAGGGGCAAGUUGCGGUGCAACCGGCCAGCAUCUCCGUCGAGCUCUGCCCCGGCAGCGGCUGGCGUUGAUCGGUCUGCGGUGGCGUGGCUCAGAUUGGCAGCCGUCGUGGUUGCAGGUCUCGUGCUCCUUUGCUAGUGUCAGCGACGGCAGUUUGUACUUCACGAUAUUCUUGCCUUCUCAUUUUUUUAUUCCAUUUCACCAUUUGGUUGAGACGUCGUCGUCGAUGUGUGCCGAUGUUCAUGUAUAAUAACAUCAACUGCACAAUACCAGAUGUAAUUCGUUCAUUGUACUAUAAUUGAAUUUGUUAAUCGUGAAUAUCAGAGAAAUCUCUUUUUCCACUA